AUGGAGUUGACUUUAACCGAACAAGAUGCGGCUCAUUGGGUUUACAGAGGUGAAGGUGCUGCUAAUGUUGUUGUCUCAUACACUGGUUCCUCUCCUUCUUAUAUUGGGAAAGUGAUGCGCAUUCGCAAGUCUCCAAGGAAGGCAUCAACGUCGCCGGGAUUGAGGAAUACCAUAGCUCUGUCUCCACAUGAACACCUCAUCUGGAAAGAAAUACAUGAACUUAUUUCCUCUUCAGAUAAGGAAAUUGCUGGCCAACUAUAUGUCGAUCAUGUCAUGAAGCCUUUGUUGGGAUCCAAAUAUGUUGAUGUUGGGACUCACAUUCUGGUGACCAAGAAAUUCCUAGAGACUGUUGAGCAGAAUAUUGAUAGUCAGCCUCCUGCUUGGCGAAUUGAUGUUUCCCAGGUGGAUAAGCAAUGUGAUUUUACUCUUCUCAUGUCGGAUCAUUCGAUCUUCCCUCAGGGUAGUCAAGGAUCUAGCCACAGUAUAUCAGUUGAAAUAAAGCCUAAAUGCGGAUUUCUUCCACUUUCAACAUUCAUAUCUGAAGGAACUGCUAUAAAAAAGAACAUGCUUUGCACUGUCCAAGAAAGACUCUUAUGUUAUGUCUGCUUCUGGAGGAAAAUUUCCCUGUUCAAUAUGAUGACAUUCAAGACGAUGACAACUUUCAUGCCACCACCACCAGCAAUUCAUCCUGGGAUGUCCGUCUUCUGGCGCAAUUCGUUCGCUUUCUACACCCAUCAAACGUCAGACAGAAGUUAG